GAAAACAGUGUGAUGGUUGCUACUCUCCGAAUGGGAAAAAACUAGCUCAUUUUCCUGCCCGCUUCUGGAACUAGCCAGAUUGUAAGACGAAAAGUGGAAGGCGCUUGAACUAAGAAGACUGAACAUUCAACGUUCUUCAAUUUCACAACUCUUAACAACCCCCGACUGGCAAAAUUCGAAGAAUAACACGGCUGUUUUUGUUUUAACCCUAUGACGAAAAAGAACAAGUUGGCUAAAAACUUAAUGUAAUUAGACAAGAUAUCAUUUUUAAUUGAUUUCGCUUUUAGCAAAUUUAGAAGGUGCCGUGAGUUUACCACGUAGGUAAGUUAGCUGGUAUAACAAUUGGAGUUAUUUAAUUUCAAGUUUAAUCAAGUGAAAACAGUCUGGAAGCCAAGACAAGGCCCAUAGUCAUUGCAGCGCCGUGCAUUGAGAGUCGACAGCAGCCUCCUCGGUGACAGAAGCGUCUCCUCGUUGAGGAGCCAGGACGUGGAUGGCUCAUGACUUCUGACCAGGACACAAAAGCUGCUGAACCCCAGGUGCAGCAGGUGCAGGACGCUAAAGACAGCCCGUCUCUGGAAUCCAGCAAGGUCUCUCAUCUGAACCCGAAUGCUAAAGUAUGGGCCAAUCACAUGCUAGGCCUGGAAGCUGCAGGGUCCACUGACUCCGCCCCCGUCCAGUGGAGGGAGGCCUCUGACAUCACAGCCGACCCUGGGCCAGAAGGGUAUGAAGCCCCAGAGGACAAGGAGGCCGCAUACGAGGCGCCGUUGCUGUUGGACGCAGAGGAGCCCCCCCCGCUUGCACUGACCGAGCCAGACAAAAUGGCCGCCGUCACCCUGGAGGGUCCGGAUCCCGCCUACCCCGAGUUUGAGCCCGCGCGGGAGUCCUCCCGGACUGGGGGCAGCGAUGCGCACACAGAAUACGGGCUUGGGGACCUGCGGGAGAAUCUGAAGAAGACCCUGGAGUUCUGCCUCUCCCGGGAAAAUCUCGCCAGCGACAUGUACCUUAUCUCUCAGAUGGACAGUGACCAGUAUGUGCCAAUCAUGACCGUUGCGAAUCUCGACCACGUGAAGAAGCUGAGCACCGAUGUGGAUCUGAUCGUCGACGUUCUGCGGUCGUUGCCUUUGGUCCAAGUGGAUGAGAAGGGUGAGCGGGUUCGACCCAACCAGAACCGCUGCAUCGUCAUCCUGCGGGAGGUGCCCCAGGCCACGCCCCGGCAGGAGGUGGAGGGGCUUUUUCAGGGAGAGAACCUGCCGGCCUUCAUCAGCUGUGAGUUCGCCUACAACGACAACUGGUUCAUCACGUUCCAGUCCGAGUCGGACGCGCAGCAGGCUUAUCGGUACCUUCGGGAAGAGGUCAAAGUUUUUCAAGGGAAGCCUAUAAAGGCCCGAAUCAAGGCCAAGGCCAUCGCCAUCAACACCUUUCUGCCAAAGAACGGCUACAGACCGGCGGACGUGAACCCGUACGCCCAGCAGAGAUACACCUCCUUCUACAUCCCCCCGGUGUACAGCCCCCAGCAGCAGUUCCCCCUGUACAGCCUGGUGACCCCCCAGGCCUGGAGCACCACGCACGGGUUCAUCGACCCCACGCUCGUAGCGCCGUUUCCUAAUACCGGAUUCAUUAACGGAUUCACCACGUCUCACAGCUUCAAGCCCGCCACGUCUCCCCUGGCUGUCCGACAGUGCUCCCCCCGGACCAGGAAUCACACCAAACCUCACCUGCGCCCGACCCUGCCUGGGGUGGACCGCGGCUCCGCCCUCCUGGACAGCCCGGCGGCCAUCUUUAACUUCCCCGGCGAGCGGCUGCUGAACGGCACGCGCAGCCCCCAGCCCCGCCCCCCCGGCCAGGGCCGGCCCCGCCUCCCGAACAGCGCCGUGUUCCCCCGCCGGGACCUGGGCCCGGGCCGCCCCGAGCACAUCACUGCGGACUACUCCCUCAGCAUGGGCCGUGGAAGGAAAAAUAUUUAUGGUUACAGGAAAAAGAGGGACGACAAGUUUACAAGGGGCCCCACCCAGUCCCCCCCGCCGCCGCAGAAGCCCGCGGCCCCCAGCUUUGAGCUGGGCCUGUCCAGCUUCCCCCCGCUGCCCGGCGCCGCCGGCAACCUCAAGACCCCCGACGCCCCCCUGGAGACGCGCCUCUCCGGCCUGACCGUCAGACCCCCGAAGGACAAGAAUGUAAACGCGGAAGCCGGCACCAACACUACCCCGUCAGGAAUCCCCAAAGAGCCCCCGCCCGCCACGGCCCCCCCGCCUGCCUGCAGCGAGAGCCCCCCCACUCCCCCCCCACCGCCUCUUGAGCUCCGGGGGCCAGAGGAGGAGACGCAGGCCCCCCCCACAGAGAGACUGACGGCCCCCCCCACCACCGCAAGCAAGUCUGUGCAAGUGAACGGAGCUGCCACAGAGCUUCGGAAGCCCAGCUACGCGGAGAUCUGCCAGCGGAUAAAGGACACGCCCGCCCCCGCCCCCGCCCCCGCGCCCGCGCCACAGCCCCCGAAAGAGCCCCCCAAACCCGCCGCCGAGGAGCGGAAGCUUCCGGAGCCCGUCGGGGACCGGGGCGAGCCCCGAAGCAGAGACGCACACCCCUCCAAACCCGCCCCGCCCCGCCCCAGAGAGACCCGCAGACCGGCGGGCCGGUGGCCCUCUCCCCCUCCGCCCCAGACCCCCAAAUCCCCCCCCCACUAAGAUCACUACAGCCAGGCCCCCCGCCUCUGGGCUCUCCCGCUGCAGUACCGCCACGGCCCCCCGGGGGCGCAUGACCGCAUCAGGGGCUCUCCAAACAAAAAAGCAAAACAAAAACAAGCACUUUUAGUGUUGCAGAGCGCCAUCCUUAGUUUUAUUAUUUUAUUUUUAUUUCUUUGGGGGGGUUUUUUUUUUUUUUUUUUCCUCCUCUGUUUUGCUUUGUUGGUUUGGCGUUAAUCAGAACACCUGUUUGUACCGGCGGUGGUGGGUGAGAGUUCUGCUCUGAGCUCAAUACAAAAUGGCUUCCAGGAGGAGUUCAUUGUUGUUGGCUUUCACUCUGGGCUCAAGACAAAAUGGCUUCCAGGUAGAGCUACUUUAACGUUUAAAGCCACGAGAUGAAGUACUGACAUUGGGUCAGAAAGUUGGUCGAAUUAGUGCUGAAGGGUUAGACUUUUGUGCUAUAAUCGCUUUUAUGGUGUAACUUUUUUUUUGUGAGCUAGGAGGUGAUUUCCAUACUCAUUUUGCAUAGCUUAUGUAUCCUAGCUUUCGGUGAGCACAUAUUUUUCGACAUGAUUAGAAGACAAAACUAAAAAUGUUUGUGGUUUGACAAGUCAUGGAUCCAGAAUCGGAAUUUCUUUUGGUAACAAGAAAUCCGAUUUAUUAUUAUUUUUUACACCAUCGAAUGAGAAGAGUUUUCGUUUUAUCAAAGUGUGAUGGCAAGAUGGCGGGCGGAGGCGAGACGUUUAUUAAUGUACCGCUGUUGAAGAGAGAGCCUUCAUCCUGUAUGUAUUUAUUCAAAAUACCUUUUUUGUCUUUCGUCCCAGAAAUAAUUUACCAACGAAUUAUAAAAAACAAAAAAACAAAAGGGCACAAUGCUUGACCCCAUUGGAAAUAUAUGGAAUGGGGUUCUGUAGAAAUCCGGACUAGAGAUGCUUAUCGGAUGGGUUUGCUGGAGCCAGUAGUUUUGGUUUUUUAAUGGCUGUGAAACGCCCUUGUUCAGCCGGCACAUACGCUACAGGCAGCAGUGAAUGCUGCUGAGUUUCCCCUCUUCCCACAAAACACGCGGGCUCGUCCGGCGGAAAGCGGAACGCGUUUAGUCCGGCGACUACUCCAUACGGUGCUAGAGGUCGUGCCUGGAGCUCGUUACACCAACAUUAGCCUGGUACUGUAUUUAGGCCAACUUGAUCUACGUUAAACUUUGCACUACUCGAUUGCCCAGAGCGGUUGUUACAUUCGAUUUCAGGUGUUUCCUGGGAGCCGAUAAAGGGAAGUUUCUGUAACUGACAAACGGCGGGUAGAUGAACGGUCUUGCGCGUGUGUACCCUGGCUUUCCGAUCCCUCCCCUCCCCUGCGGUGUCUGGUAUACGACCCGGUCCUUUCGUUCUUAAACCGAGAAGUGGCCUACUACGAUGCCUAAGGAUUCAGCUUCCUUAAAUUUCACCUUCGCAUAUUCUGCCAUUUCUACGUAAUACGUAAAUGACAUCAGCAUACAGUAUAUUUACCUGACGGUGGAGAAUCCAGACCUCGCACGAUUCUUGUUCACUUUUUUAAAAUUGCCCGAGAGUGCAUCCGUGCCCGUGUGGCGUUCUGAAAAUCACUGUAUUAGAAGUUCCUCGUGUAACCCCUGCUUUAAUCAUUUUAUAUUAAGACUGUUUGUCCAUUAAACGACCGUAACUCAAGGGUUAUGGAUUCUGGUUUCGAGCAGUGGUGGUUUGGAGGUUUGGCGGAAUGGGUUUGUUUUGUUCGGAUGGGUGUGCUUGGCAGUAAGCUUCAGUUCGGUUCAGUGCUGGCUGUUGUAUCUUCUCAAUACUCUCGCGUUGCGGAAUUAAUUGUCUUGAAUCAGCCCCAAUAACUGGAAAUACUGAUGUGGUGUUGAGGAAUUGUCGUUAUGAUGGCCUUUCACGUGUAGGGGGGAUGGGUGGUCUGUGGUCUGAGGUUUGAGGCUGGCCCUUGCUGGGAGACUUGAGUGUCGCUCUUCCGGUCUGGGUAACUGUUGAAUUUGGGGUGUCUUUAGAACAGGGGCGUCAAACCCAAAUUCCCAGUGGGCCGCAGUGUUUGCAGGAGUCAUUUUCUUUCCAUCAGCAGUCUGUAAAGUCCUCGAGAACAAGGUGUGUGGACUCCUUAGCCAACCAAUGACUUAAACGUAUCACGCACUGAAACGCACCAAAUUUACCCGCAGGUACUGCUGCUGCCCUCCAGGACUGGAGUUUGACUUAAAAGACCCUGCUUUACGGUGAAGAAUUCCGAGUAUGUUCCGUGGAACGUAGGCUAUCUGCACACCGAGAGUCUCCCAUUUUGCGUCGUUUGUUGUAGACGUUGCUUGGCUCUUCCCGCUUAACCGUCCCUCCUACCCACCACCCCCAGGCUGCGUAGUGCACUACUUUGAACCGGACACGCGCCAUUUCCCCCGCCGAGUGCCGACCGAGCCUCGUUGUGGCCGGCUUGCUCUCUCUCUCCCAUCUUUCGUUGACGUCUUCCGACAGCAUGGAGCUCCCUGGGGGAAAAUCGUUUGUGACAUGGAGACACUACCAGAGAAAUUCACCCGACCUUAACGGUCGUUUCCUCUGAUUUUCUUUACACGUUUGAUGUAAAAAGAGACGUUUCUUUCUUUCUUUUUUUUCGUGAAAGAUUAAGCAAGUUGGCAGUCUGAAGGAAUGAAAUGCACUAAGGGUUUGCAGUCUUUGACGGUUUUUUUUAAAACCGUGUGAUUCGAAAUUACGCGUCACACAUGCGCAUUAACAAGCCAGUGCUGUUUUUUUUUCCUCCGUGAAAUAUAUCAUUUAAACAGGUUUUCUUAUCUUUUUUUGGAAGAACACGAAACAUGAAUAUAUAUAUUUAUAAUUUCCAUCCAGUGUUUGAAAACUUGAAUUUUAUUUAAACUUGAAAAUGACUUUGCCUUAACUUUUAUAUAAGACAGCUUAGUAGGCUAUCGCCUUUUGAACCCCGAAGGGUUAUGGAGAGUGACGUGUAGUAAUGCUCAGCUAAACCCGCUGUCGUUAGUCUUACUUGGUCUCAGAAAAGUAAAAAUCUAUCAGCAGAUUAAAUUUUUUUGUAAUAUACCUGAAAAAAAAAAAUCUUAUUUGAAUUUCUUUAUUUUCAGUUUCUAUUUUCAGUUUGGGGAAAAAUAAAUCCUGUAAAUGCAAAUAGUUAAUACUGUAUUAAAUAUGUUGACUUUGAAGUGUGUGCUUUUGCGUGUACAGAUGUAAAUAAUCAGAAAAAGUAUAAGAGAGGUACCUAAAAAUGAUUUAAAAGGUUUAUUGAUCUUGAAAUAUUAAUGUUGUUAUUGAGCUGGAUGUAGAUUAAAUGCUAAAUGUUGUGGUUUGAUUUAUUUCGGGUUUUUUUAUUAUGAUUUUUUUUUUCCUGGUGUGUUGAAUAUUCUGCCGUCACACUGCAAUGUGAGCGGAUGGCAUGAUUGUAAUUUUAACACGUCAUUCUCAUUCCAUUUCGUUGUCGUCCUUGCUCAAUAUCUGGAUUGCCAGAUUGUCUCAGUAAUACAACACCUUUCACUGUGCAGUAUUGAUUAAAAAAAAAAAUGUAUAAAAAAAAAAAAAGGACUUGGGGAGUUUGGGUUUGAGUACAAGGGGUUCAAAUGUACACGUUAUUACCGCAUACUACCGAUUCUCACGAUGAUGCCAGCGUUCGCCCAUCUAACAACAAUGUAAAAUUGUUUCUCCCUUUUGGCAAAAGCACAUUGUUUUUAAGCACAGUGAUUUCAGGAACCUUGUUAAAAACCCAAACUCGUUCCACCCUUCGGUCUUAAUGCGGGCAUGCACCAGACAAAAGCUGUAACCUUAAAAAAAAAAACAACAAAAAAAAAAAACAGUGUGCUAAAUGUAUUUACGAUUGUUAUGUUCUCAUCAGCACUGUUCUUGCUUGUACGUUUGAGUUCUUCUCGAUAGAAGAGACGUUUAUUCACAAACACCCAAGACCCCCAGAUAAUUAUUGUACAAAUUAUUUGACCUUUCCUGUUGUAUGCUGUGUAGCGAUCACAACUCAAUUUAGUGUAGAUACUGUUACACUUCUAACACAGACGGAAAGUUGAUCUCUGGCGAACCGCAUCCUCUUAUCCCAGUGCGCACGUGGACUGCAGUCAGUGUGGCAAAGCGUUAACCGUGCCAUUCAUUUCAAAGCUAAGGCGGUUUCACCUGUACAUAGUCACGGCUUGCCAUUGCGACGUUUUAAUUAUUGUACUGAUAGCAGAUGGUGACAAACCAGCGAUUCAGUCGCCGACAUCAGACGUGCAGGCGACUAUCGCAAAUAUGGCGACUGGCAACUUUUUUAGGUUACCUUUUUGUUUACAUGUCAAGAAUCGUUGUUGUACUCUGCUAUGUAUGCCAAUGUCAGUUGUGUUUAACGUGUAGCUAUACUGCAUAUACUGUUGUCACAGUACAUUUAUAUGGAUUUUUUUUUGUUAUUUUAUUCUUUAUUCUUUUCUUUUCUGGAUUGUAUGUGUGUAUGUGUAUCGAAGUUUGCUAUUUGUCUGCACAAGUGAAACCAGUACGCAAGAGAGGGCUUGUACCGGUGUGUGAAGGUUUGCCACCAAGACGGGAAUUAAUCCUACAAAGACAGCAGAAGGGAGGGGGAAAAAAAGUGAUAUUGUCCUGAGAAAAGAUGCGUUUUGUUUUUAUUUCUUGGAUUUUCUUUAAUAAAGAGGAAAAUGGUAGAUGCUUUGUACGUUGACUUGUUAAAGGAGCUAUUCCUAACCAUGGAAGAUUGGAGAUGGUGCAGAUUGUAUGUAUGAUAAAAUUUUUGCUAUGCUGUGUGGUAGCCUAUGUAGCCUACGUUUUGCUUGCACUAAGGUUUUGUUGUGCGUUUGGGUUCUGCCUCAUAUUAACCCCCUUUUUUCCCUCCCGGAGGGUGGCCCUGUGUGCGUUUCGCUUGCCGAUCGGCCAGUUUAAUGAGUAAAGCAGUGUUAAAAUGCACCGGCUGACGCGCCGUUUCACCUGUACGGUUCUUUGGUCCUCUUUUUCCGUCGUAACGCGUCACACUAACGGCAGUGGACAAUCUGUGAUUUGACUGGUGAGCCUGCCCGGGGGUGUGGGCGGGAAGAGAGACGCUAACGGCCGUUACGGUCGUUACCGACGGUUUCAUCGCGAGGGCUUUUCUGUUUCUUACAUUAAGACUGGAAUCAAGCAUACAUGUCAACUAUUGAUAAUUUAAUUUUUUUUUUUUUUUUUUUUUUUUCUUGUGUCAUGAUGUAAACUGUCUAAUUUUGAAAAAAACAAAAAAAAGUAGCUUACUGAAAGAAAUAAAGAUUUAGGCACUGUUAUCCAA